AAGCUAGAGCUAGAAGCUAGAAUCUAGAAGAGCUAGAAGCUAGAGGACCUAGAAGAACCCUGGUUUGAAAGGUUCUGUGUGGAACCAGAAAUGGUUCCUCUGUGGCAUCACUCUGAAGAACCAUGUUUGGUUCCAGACGCACCUUCAAGUUUCCGUGUGUAGAGACUCGUUUUUUAACAUUUCAUGAACUUGUCGUGACAUUAGUAAACAGAGCCGUACAUUAUUGAGUAAAUAAUUUGAGUUAGUAAUAUUUUGUCUGUCUCCUCUCCUCUUCUUCCUCUCUUCUCCAGGUGAAGACUUCUCUAACGAGCUUCCCCGGUCUUCCCCUCGUCUCUUCCCUCCUCUCCUUCCCUGUCCUCCUCCCCUGACCUCCCCCUUUCCUCCUCUCUUCCUCACCCUGAAUCCCCCCUGAACCCCGUCAUCGCACCUGGCCGCCUGCGUCUGGAGGUCGCCGCGCCUCAUUACCAUGACGACCAGCUGCAGGUCAAAGUCUUCUGGAAGUGGCCUCACCUGAGCAUGAACGUCACCGACACAGAGAAAACAACCACGCUGCAGGUGCGUCUUGUCCCUCUUGGUUGGCUAAACCGUGGCGACGUCAGGGUACACGUCACCCUCCGAAAUCCGCACACACACUGUAGUCCCCCAGCGGCUCGCCCUCGCCUCUCCUCACCCCGGUUCACGAGGCUUUGACCCGCAGCAGGAUGACUUCUGAAAGCCGCCCAGACGCCGUGGAGCUGGAGCAGCCAGAACAUCCGGAGGACGCCGUUGUUGUGAAGAGAGACGGCGUGCUUCGUGCCGUGCUGCGCGGCCUCUACUGGCCCUUCGGCCUCGCGUUGCGCACGUACCGCGGGUUCUGCUGGGUGCUCGGCUUCCGGCGGCCCGCCGCGCGGGUCAUCUUGAGCCCCGCGGGCCGCAGCCCCGCGCGCCACAGCCUCUGCGGCCGCAAGCGCCUGCACCGGGUCACGCGCUUGCUGCUGUCCGUCGUGCCCCGCUGCGUGCAGAGCGCCCUGGGCUACCCGGUGUCCAGCAGCAUCGGCCGCUGCCUCUCACCAGAAAUCCGAGUCUCUCCUACUAAACCUUCUGGAAAGGGCAGCAAGAGAAAGCAGGAUGAGUUGGACGAGGAUGAGGAGGAUGAGGAGAGUCAGACCUGGGUGGAGGCACUCAAUCAGCAGUAUUCUGAGGACGAAGGCCCCGAGGAAGAUCCCGACUUUGAGCCCAGUACUGUAGAGACGGAGAGUGAAGAGUACUGCUCCCACAACAACACCGAGAGCGACGUGGAGGUCGAUGGGACGGGCGUGGUCAUUAAAGACUUGGACACGGGACUCGAGCCGUCGUCUCCAUCUGAAGCUUCUUGCCUGCCUGUGUAAUGUGUCUUAUUGACUAGAUGUUGGUGUGGUUUUUUGUAUGUUCAUACAUUGAAUAAAGUUUGUCCUUUUGCUGUCUCCUCCCCACUAGAUGGCAGUAACUGUUUUUAUAUUCUACAACUGAGCAGACGAGUUAGGCAUGAAUGUUGAUUAUCUGUGUUUUGUAGACGUUUGUUGAAAUGCAGCUGGUGACUCGUCACACUUGUAAAACCUGGAUAAUUUGCCUGUGAGUAAAAGUAAAUGCACUGAAAUGCAACGCCC